AGAGAGAGUGAGAGAGAGAGCACUUUACCACUUUUAUAUGUUGCACGCAUCCAUCCACAGCAGAAAACACAAGGAGGACAAGGGUACUCCACAGACAAGAGAAAGAAAGAAAACCCCAUUUAAAGCUUUUUUCUUUUUGUACUGUGCACAUCACAAGAAGAACAAAGAUGGGUUUUUGAACCAUCACAUAAAAUAGAGAGAAACAAAAAAGAAAUAGGGAUAUUGGAGAAAAACAAGAGGAAGCUGUGCAAGUGAAAGAAGAUGGAGGAGGAGAAUGAAUGAGGUGAGGGUGUUAAAGCUCAGAUCUUUGUCUUUUGUUCUCACCACAAAUUUCCUACUUGGUAUUUUGAGGUCAUCAAUUUGUGCACCGAGUCCUUGACUGAAACCCAAUUUCGUGAUUUUUGUGGGGGUGGAGUUUACUCUUCUACCAACUUGCUGGGGUUGAUUUAGAUGAAGGCCGUGCCCCUACCCUUUCAGGAAUUUAGAGGGAACGGGGUGUUAGAUUUUGCUUCUGGUGCUGUUGCUGUUUCAGAUUCGCUGUUACUCCCACAGCAAGAGCAAUUUCUGCAAAGGUGGAAUCCCCACAGGGAAAACUAUUGCUAUGUGGGCAUUGAGCCCACUUCUGGUUUGGACCUCAAAAGGAAAACAAGCCCUCCUACAUCCUCCUCUACACUGUCUUCCUCACGCGGCAGCAGCGGCUGCGGUGGAGGUUGCGGCUCGACCGAUAGCACCACCGGCGCUGGAGCAGCGAAGGUCUCGACUGAGAAGGAGAACAACCCACCUCAAGCAGGGUUAGAGGUUGGACAGGGAAGAUGUGGACUGGGAAUGGAGGAUUGGGAGAGUGUGUUGUCUGAGUCAUCUGCUCAAGAUAAUUCCAUUUUGAAAUUGAUUAUGGGGGACAUUGAGGACCCAUCUAUGGGCCUGACCAAGCUUUUGCAGGGUGGAAGCGCCUCUCAGGAUGUUGAAUUCAAUGGGGUUGGAGUGGGUUUUAGUUUGGUGGAUCAAAGUUCUGUGCUUGAUCCCAUUCCCAGUGUCAACUUUGUGAGCAGCAUUGAUCCCUCUGGUCCUGGGAAUUGUUCCGACUUCCCUUUUAAUUCCCAUAGUAAUGUUAACUCCAAUAUUUCCAGAGUUGGUUCUGGUGUGAAUCCGCCUAACCAUGGGUUUCCUGAUUCAGCUAGCAAUCUCUCACCAGUUUCACUCUCUCAGGGUGUUUUUCAGCCACAACAACAGCAUCCAGCAAUAGAGCCUCUUGAUGAGAAGCUGCAAGUUCUCAAUCCCCAAUUUAUUUUGAACCAAAAUCAAGCUCAGUUUAUGGCAAACCCAGGUUCGGUUUUGCCUUUGAAUUAUGCUCAGUUGCAAGAACAUCAUCAGCUUCUCCCACAGCCUCCGGCAAAACGCCUGAAUUGUGGCCCAAAUUAUCAGGUUCCUAAGGCACCCUUUUUGGACUCUGGCCAAGAGCUGUUACUACGGAGGCAGCAACAGCAGCUUCAACUGCUUCCUCACCAUCUGCUGCAGAGGUCAUCCAUGCUGGUGGCCCCAAAGCAGAAAAUGGCGAGCCCCAGCGGUGAAGAUUUGGCAACCCACCAGCUUCAACAGGCUAUAACUGAACAGCUUUUCAAGGCUGCAGAGCUGAUCGAUGCCGGUAAUCUGGAACUCGCGCACGGGAUAUUGGCGCGGCUCAAUCACCAACUUUCCCCCUUUGGGAGGCCUUUUCAGAGGGCUGCUUUUUAUUUCAAAGAGGCCUUGCAAUUAGGACUUCAUUCAAAUGCCAACAACAGUUCUAUGACCUUCUCACCCACAGGCCUUCUGCUCAAAAUUGGUGCUUACAAAUCAUUCUCAGAAAUCUCACCAGUUCUGCAAUUCGCCAAUUUCACUUGUAAUCAAGCACUGCUUGAAGCUGUGGAAGGGUUUGAUCGCAUUCACAUAAUUGAUUUUGAUAUUGGGUUUGGUGGACAGUGGUCUUCUUUCAUGCAAGAGUUAGCACUGAGAAACGGAGGUGCUCCUGAACUCAGGAUCACAGCAUUUGUGUCACCCUCCCACUAUGAUGAAAUUGAGCUCAGUUUCACUCGGGAGAAUUUGAAGCAAUAUGCUGGCGAGAUAAACAUGUCCUUUGAGCUUGAGAUUUUGAGCUUUGAAUCUUUAAAUUCUGCUUCAUGGCCCCAGCCACUUCGUGAUUGCGAAGCUGUGGUGGUUAACAUGCCUAUUGGCUCAUUCUCAAGCUACCCAUCAUAUCUUCCUUUGGCCCUUCGCUUUGUGAAGCAGCUCAUGCCAAAAGUUGUGGUUACAUUGGAUAGAAGUUGCGAUCGAACUGAUGCACCAUUUCCUCAGCAUCUGAAUUUUGCACUUCAAUCUUAUUCGGGGCUGCUUGAAUCACUUGAUGCUGUUAAUGUUCACCCAGAUGUCCUUCAGAUGAUUGAGAAAUAUUAUCUUCAACCCGCAAUGGAGAAGCUUGUUUUGGGUCGACAUGGUUUUAAGGAAAGAACACUUUCUUGGAAAAACCUUCUCUUGUCAUCUGGGUUUUCACCAUUGACCUUCAGUAACUUUACAGAAUCUCAAGCAGAGUGUUUGGUGCAGAGGACUCCAGGUAAGGGAUUUCAUGUUGAGAAAAGACAGUCUUCCCUGGUUCUUUGCUGGCAAAGGAAGGAUCUCAUCUCAGUUUCAACCUGGAGAUGCUGACGAGAGGCACUAUGCACCUUUGAACUGCCAAUUAAUUUUUAAAUUCAAAGGUGCUGCACAACUUACUGCUUUUUAUGAUCUUUCUUGCUUCAAUUUGCCUUGGCCAUGGUUCCAUGCUAAUGAACUGUUUUUUUAGGGUUUAUUUUUCAGUAAAGCAAGUGAACAUAUUAAUUAGCAACUGAAUGCCAAUUUAUGAGUUCUGAUAUUUAGUGUAUUUCUAUAAAUAUGGGCAUUUUAUUUCUGCAUUUUGCCCC